GAAAUCACGCAUCUUACAGGUCAACAGCAAGGGGGAAAAAGCUCCUGCCUUUGGUGCAGAGGGUGAGUGAGGCAAACAGGACCCAACCUGGGGGGUUUCUCUUCAAAGCCAGCUGGUCUGGCUUUAUUCUACAGGAAUUUUUUACCUGUCAGUUUAAUCAACAAAGCCCUCAGCAGGUGCUGACGGAGACAUCUUCCUGGAGAAGAAGGGCACUGGUGCCGACUAAGAGUUGUAAACUGUGAAGUAACUACCAUGGAACAGAUUAAGCAAAGCAAAUGACUUUCAAAAUAAAGAGAGUGGACGUGGAACGGAUGCAGGGGUCUGUGAAUUGAAUUGUGUAAGUGCUGAAGAAGGAGUCUUGGUUUGAGGAAACAGGAAAGAGGAAGGAAAGAGAAAAAGAAAAUACAGAAGUGUAGGAACGAACGAAAGAAGAAAAACGGGGACUAUGGGGAGAAAAAAGAUUCAGAUCACGAGGAUAAUGGAUGAACGUAACAGGCAGGUGACUUUUACGAAGAGGAAAUUUGGGUUAAUGAAGAAGGCUUAUGAGUUGAGUGUUCUAUGCGACUGUGAAAUUGCUCUCAUAAUCUUCAACAGCACCAAUAAACUUUUCCAGUAUGCCAGCACUGAUAUGGACAAGGUGUUGCUGAAGUAUACAGAAUACAAUGAACCGCAUGAGAGUCGAACGAAUUCAGAUAUUGUUGAGACGUUGAGAAAGAAAGGACUUAAUGGCUGUGACAGUCCAGAUCCCGAUGCAGAUGAUUCAGCAUUGAACAAGAAAGAAAACAAAGGCUGUGAAAGCCCUGAUCCAGACUCCUCUUAUGCCCUCACCCCACGCACUGAGGAAAAAUAUAAAAAAAUUAAUGAAGAGUUUGAUAAUAUGAUCAAGAGCCAUAAAAUUCCUGCUGUACCACCACCUAACUUUGAGAUGCCAGUUUCUAUCCCAGUGUCCAACCACAACAGCUUGGUAUACAGCAACCCAGUUAGCUCAUUGGGUAACCCCAACCUUUUGCCUCUGGCCCACCCUUCCUUACAGCGGAAUAGCAUGUCUCCUGGGGUGACACAUAGACCACCAAGUGCAGGUAACACAGGUGGCCUGAUGGGUGGGGACCUCACAACCGGUGCAGGCACCAGUGCAGGGAAUGGGUAUGGCAACCCUCGCAACUCUCCAGGUCUGCUGGUCUCACCUGGCAACUUGAACAAGAAUAUGCAAGCAAAGUCUCCUCCACCCAUGAAUUUGGGAUUGAAUAAUCGUAAACCAGACCUCCGAGUGCUGAUCCCACCAGGAAGCAAAAACACAAUGCCAUCUGUGAAUCAAAGGAUAAAUAACUCUCAGUCUGCUCAGUCAUUGGCUACUCCGGUGGUUUCCGUGGCAACUCCUACUUUACCAGGGCAAGGGAUGGGAGGAUACCCAUCAGCCAUUUCAACAACAUAUGGUACCGAGUAUUCAUUGAGUAGUGCAGACUUGUCAUCAUUGUCUGGGUUUAACACAGCCAGUGCUCUCCACUUGGGUUCAGUAACUGGCUGGCAGCAGCAACAUCUACACAACAUGCCACCAUCUGCCCUCAGUCAAUUGGGAGCUUGCACUAGCACUCAUUUAUCUCAGAAUACAAAUCUCUCCCUGCCUUCUACUCAAAGCCUCAACAUCAAGUCCGAACCUGUUUCUCCUCCUAGAGACCGUACGACCACGCCAUCGAGAUAUCCACAGCACACGCGCCACGAGGCGGGAAGAUCUCCUGUUGACAGCUUGAGCAGCUGUAGUAGUUCCUACGAUGGAAGCGACAGGGAAGAUCACCGAAAUGAAUUCCACUCUCCCAUUGGACUCACCAGACCUUCGCCGGACGAAAGGGAAAGUCCCUCCGUGAAGCGCAUGCGGCUCUCUGAAGGAUGGGCAACAUGAUAACUUUACUAGCUAUUAGAGGUUUUUUUUUCCUUGCAGUGCGUGUGUGUGCUAUACCUUAAGGGGAAAGAGGGAGGGGGGUCAAUAUGCAUUAUAUGUGCUGUGUGUUGGGGGGGAAGUCAGGUACUCUGUUUUGUAAAAGUACUUUUAAAUUGCCUCAGUGAUACCAUAUUAAAAGAUAAACAGCAAUGCUGAAGAGAUGCUUCGCACUUGAGUUGUACAACAGAUCACUUGUACAAAAUAGGUUUUAAGGUUAACUUCUUUUUACUGUUGUGCUCCCUUGCAAAAUGUAUGUUACAAUAGAUAGUGUCAUGUUGCAGGUUCAACGUUAUUUACAUGUAAAUAGCCAAAAACAGAAAAAAGAGGAGGCAUUUGCCCAAUCCUGGGCAGAUCAUUACUGAGAGAGAAAGUGGCUGUUAUGCAACAAAUAGAAAUUGUACAGAUGUUUUGGGAGACCCAGAAAUUGGGUGAUUAAGGGGGGAAAAAAAAGAAAAGAAGGAAAAUUUUAGGUCGCUUAGUAUAUCUGAAAAUGCUCACAAAUGUGUAGGCAUAUUGUAUAGUAUGGCACUCAGUUAAACGGAUCAAAAUCAUUUAAAAGAGGACCAUACUUGUGGAAAAAAAAUGUUUUGGAGUUCUUUUUUUUUAGUGUGAGGGCUAACCUAUUUAAUUUUUUAAAAUUCUGGGUCUGGAUCAUUUAUUAAAUAAAAAUAUUAAAAAAUAUGUAAAUUACAUUUUCCUUAUUUUCAUAUUAAAAAGUAAGACAGAAUUUGCAAAGCAUUGUGGCUUUUUGUAGUUUACAUAAGCCAAAAUGUGUUUUCCCCCUUCAUAGCUUUGCCAAUAUUUUAAACAGCCCUGAAGGAAACAAAGGGGAUCUUUUUUGUAUAGAAAGCACUACCCUAAGCCAUGAAGAACUCCAUGCUUUGCUAACCAAGGUAAUUGUUUUCUCUUUGCAGAAAUUUUGUUUUUGAAAUGUGUAUUUCUAAUUAUAUAAAAUAUUAAGAAUCUUUUAAAAAUCUGUGAAAUUAACAUGCUUGUGUAUAGCUUUCUAAUAUAUAUAAUAAUUAUGGUAAUAGCAGAAGUUUUUGUUAUCUUAAUAGUGGGGGAAUUAUAUUUGUGCAGUUGCACAAUUUAAGUAACUAUUUUUUCCUUUUAGUUUUUCUUCAAAUCAGAAUACAUUUUAGAGUAUCAGUCAGCUGUUGGAGGCUAAUCUGCAAACAAUUAGGAUUUUCCCUUCCAUAUCAUUCUAAUAUAUCUGCAGUCAAUUUUGCAUUUUGGAUAGUUCCAUCAUAUUUUUGAACGUGUUCUUCUUACCUUAUUUAUGUUUUGCGUAUCUUGAGGCUUUUUGCCCCUUAGAUCACAAUGUGGCUCAACUUUGUCUUGUUUCUAUACAUUCAAUAAAACUAGCAAUCUUUUGGCUGUAAGAGGUAACUCAGAAAGCUUGCACAAUCUCAAACAAAAUCAAAAUCUGGGGUAGUAUCAAAGUGAACAUAAUUUAAAAAUCCAUAACAAUUACCCCUAAUUUGGUACCCUGACUGCAUAUUUUAUGCCCAACAUUCAGUAGGUUAUCUCAGAACUACAGGCAGAUUCAGGUUCAAAUGUGAUCAUGGAAAAGUGGCUUUGAUGGCCUAGCUAGUCCUUCCAACGUAAUUCUUUAUUUUUUGUUCUCCUUCAUACAGAGUAAUUGAGGACAGGAAUAGCAGCAAAAGGUCACCAUUCUAACUUCAAUCUGGCUAUAAAUGUUGAGUUGUUUAUAUCCAAGAAUGAAUUUAUACGUGCAUUACAUUACUUAUAAUACCAUCAUGUACAGGUGUACUGCAAAAUAAAUCCAAUAAGGUUAAUGGGAUUUGUUUCCAGAUGACUGAAUAUAGGUUUACUCAGAAUUUUGCUAUGCAACACUUGAUGACUUAUGGCUGAAUGUAUGGAUCACUGAAAAGUGUUGGGCUUAUUUUGACAUCUGUAUUUAGUUGGUGUCAUGGUUAAAAUGUGAAGCAUGUGCAUCAUGUUGAGCAACUAGAGCUAAAUUUCACAGUUCCAUUCAAAUGUAGUGGCUGCUGUGUUUUUUUUUGUUUUUUUUUUUUUUUUGAGCAAACAGCCCUGCUAUAAAAAUUGACUAUUAUAAUUUUCUAACUUAAAUAGUUUGGUCACCAUAGAACAACAUCCAUUCUGUUCUACUUUCCUCUUAUUAGAGAAAGUGAACAUUACCCAUAAUUCCUACCCAUGUUUUUAAUUAAGAAUAAUAUCAAAAUAAAAUUAUGCCUGAACAGGAUAUCUAAUUUAUCUUUGACAUUAGCACAUAUUAUUUAUAAUUUAGCAGGCAUAAAAAUGCAUGAAAGCUAUGUCAUUUGCUUUAAAUACUUCCUUCACACAUCCUGGGACCGAUUCUUGAAAGAAAAGGGUUCCCCCGCCCCCCAAUACUAAAUAAUGUGUGAAAGGUAUAUCUGGAUUCCCAGUACUGUAGGAGAAUCCUACAGUAUAUGACUUAGUUUAUUUUAUUCUUUAUAAUUGUUUUAUAUUUCUUGGAGCUUUAAGAUCUGUCAUGCAAAUUAGGUAUAGGUAGUCCACCCUGCUGGGCUGAGCAAGCAAGUGAGUAAACGCUACAAGAGAUGUAGCUUAUUUUCUUUCUUUGGACAGGAGGGCAGGGUAGAAAUGUAAGAUGGAAGAAAUAUGAGUAAUUUCUAGCAUGUUAGAGUCAAAGCACAGCUCAUGAUGCAGUUCUCUGAACUGCUCAUUUUCAUACAGUAUUAAUAUAUACUGUAGCAGUCUAGAAGGCUAUUCACUCUUUACCACUUAAUCCCAGUUGCUGAUUAAUCUGUGAUACCUUUCCAGAGUCAUGAACAAGCAUUAGCAAAUCAGCUGACUUUGGCAAAUGUUAAUGGAGACAUAGACGUCUAUAUAAGAAUACAAGUUGUAAAAAUUCUGUUUGAUUAAGGAUACCAACCAAAUAUAGAUGUAAGGCUUUGUUCACUUUUAACAAAAUCAAUAAUAAUGAUACCUAUACCACAGCCGUAGUGUCAUCGCUUAUGAUUCCAUGCUGGCUCAGCAGUUGUUUUUUCUUAUCCUAAGCAUUUCUUGACCAGCCCAGAAAGUCUUGGGAGUAUGCUGAAGCCAUAUCAUUUGCACGUAUGUUCUAGAUAACAGAAAAAAAACAAACGCUUUGAUAAUGCAUUAAUUCCACCAAUGACUUUAAAUAUAUACACCUGCAUCAAAGGAAGUGAGAAUGGGGCCAAUGUUUGAUUAUGCUAGCUUCAAUCAGGGUUCCAAAUUAUUUUCUUCACUUUAACAUUUACCACCACUUGAGAACAUUCAUCUUCAACAGAAAUUAAAUAUGCAAUGUGUAUGUGGCCAUUUUAAAAAAAGGAAAAAGAAAGAAAUAAUAUUUGGCUUACCAGUAUGGUUGUGAAUCCUUUGCCAAAGUGGGUGAUAGUGACAGCCAUGCACAUCUACAUGUAAUAUUACUCUUCAGCCUAUAGAAUUGUGGGGUUCUGUGCAUGGAAAUAAGUUUGUCCCACUCAGCCAGGCAAUUUCAACCUUGAAACACAGUCACAGAACUGAAUUGUGCAAGAAUGGAUAUUAGUAUUUCUUCCUUUUUCCACUAUUGAGUUAAACUAAAAUAUAGAGGCACAAUCCUAGGGUUAACUGAACAUUGUAAAUGGAUUUAAUUAAUAAAGAAGCACAAUGUUUAAUGGUGAUGUUACUUUCUAAAAGCUUUGGCAGUCAAUACUUAACUGUUCUUUUUUAUCUAUACCUUAACAAUUUUUGGUAAAACUACAAUGGAGGGACUUACGGUGUGAUUCUUUUGUAUUUAAGCAGUUUUGGGGCAGUGCCCCAUAAAAGGAUUGAGAUUUUCUUCAACCUGGGCAGAACAAAAUUAAAGGCAACAUGCAAUAGCCAAAAGGAUGUCUUCUCCCCUUAAGCUGAUCUUUAUUUUGGAAAUAGCUUAUUAAUGAAGGGAUAAAGCCUGUUUUCUGAUGACAGUAUAUGAUAUAUACCACCCUUUCCAAAUCUAGUGCCUUUUUAAUGUAAUGUCACAGUAAAAUUCCUAUCCGAAAAGGAAAUAGGCAUUGGCCAUAUCUUAGCUGGGCAAGAUGGGAUUUGUAAUCCAUAUAUGAAGAACACUAGGUUGAGGAAAGCUAAUAGAGUACACGUUUAUAUAUUGUAUGCAUUGAUGACUUUCUCAGAAAAGGAGUUUUUAAAAUCAUUUUAGUGCUUUAUCAAUGGUAUUAUUUUUCUUCUUCUUUUUUUUUUUUUUUUGGUAACCAAAUGAUUUCUAUUUUUCCCAGGAGUGGAAUUUAACAUUUUUAAUAAUACAGUGAUAUUUGCUGUUUCUCAGAGGGCUUUUUCCCCAAACAAAGCUAAAAUGCAAGAAUAAAACAACUG